AUGCAUAAGUCCAGUCAGCAAGAAGGGGACCAGCCCAGAAGACAAGACUCCCAAGGAACUUCUGGAACCCGGCUCGGAAGAGAAGUGCGGUCCCAGCUCCCGGAAAUCACAUUGAGGCCGGCUUUCACCGGAUCCCAGCACUGCUGUUCGGAAGAAGAGCAUCAGGCUGCAAUGGCUGCUCAUGUUCAUCACCCGGAGUCAGUCAUCUGGGAAUGCCCCCACAAACAUGAUCUACAUCAAUUCGAAGAGAAUGUGACUCUGGAUCCUCAAACGCGUCAUCCCAACCUCUACCUGUGCUGGAAACACAAGUGCGUGAGAUGGUACCAGGAACCGCAGGAUCUGCCCGACAACCAUGAGAGAUUUGACUCCGUUCCCUGCGUGCUGGGCUCUGAGGGGUUCACCAGGGGGAACCACUACUGGGAGGUGGCGGUGGGGAAUCACCCGGAGUGGGCUGUGGGGGUGGCCAAAGAGUCUGUGGUAAGAAAGGGAUGUUUCCAGUUUACCCCAGAGGAAGGGAUCUGGGCUCAAGGGUGUUGGUGGGUUAGAUGCGGUUCUGACUGGGAACGACAUGUGGCGGGUGAACCAUCUGUCCCCAAGCCUACAGCAGAUGACCCCCAUGAGGCAGGGAACGGUGGAGAUCCGAGGGCGGGUGUGGAAAAGCUUGGGAUACCAGGGCACAAGACGAUUGGGGUCUUUCUGGAAUACGGAAAGGGAAAAGUGACCUUUUUCCAACAGGACAAGCUCACAAUCAUGCGAGCCAAUUUCGGCGGCGAGAACGUCUUUCCUUUUUUCUACGGGGCCCCAGGUGCCCACUUCAAAGUGAUUUCUUGAGACACAGAGGAAAUAUCCCCUCUGACAUGGAUUUCUUGGGUUCUGCCAGUGGCUAUCCUAUCCUCAAAGUCUCUAUGCCCCUGGCGGACGCCCUUCGCAUUCCCGACAGGACUCUCUUAGCUGCGUAGUUGCUAAUACCUCUGAUUCCGCAGGGCUUCCGUGUUCCUGCGGAACUUUUUCUUUCUAUGUCUCCCGUAAGGGAUGGAAUAGCAUGUCGAUUCUCCAAAUAACUGAGGAGCAAAAGCUUAUCGGUUCAUGCUACAGACUACGCGCAUUCCUCCCUCCCCACCCUUGCCAGUCAAUGUUUUAG